AUGAACCCCUCGAACAGGUUCGCCCUGGCCGCACUCAAGGGCAACACAGCAGUAGUACCUGCCUCCCCUGGUUCCUCCUCACGGCAAUCACAGUUCUCCUGGGUGGUCGAGCAUUUCACCAAUGACAUGAACUCUCUCCUUGCUGGCGUCCAAUCACUGCACGCCACGUCAGCCUACUCCUCCGUCGACCUCUCCCCGCUCUUCCGCGCCCUCGCGUCAGAAUCGCAGCGCUCGGCCGAUCGUGGGCGUUCAUUGCGACUGAUUCUCGUCUUUUGCCGUUCGUCGUGCAUCCCCGGUCCGCCUCCCAACCGCGCCCCUCGCCCCGCCGUCCCGUUCACUGCCGAUUGCAUAUACUGCCAUGACCACCCCAACAAUUUCAACUGCAUUCACAAUCCCUCCCCUUCCCUCUCCCUACCUGCCAGAUUCUCUUCUUUUGCCGUUCCUCUAGCAUCCCCGGUCCACCUCCCAACCGCGCCCCUCGCCCCGCCGUCCCCUUCACUGCCGACUGCAUCUACUGCCACGACCGCCCCAACAAUUUCAACUGCAUUCACAAUCCCUCCCCUUCCCUCUCCCUACCUGCCAGAUUCUCGUCUUUUGCCGUUCGUCGUGCAUCCCCGGUCCGCCUCCCAACCGCGCCCUCGCCCCGCCGUCCCAUUCACUGCCGAUUGCAUAUACUGCCAUGACCGCCCCAACAAUUUCACCUGCAUUCACACCCUCCCCUUCCCUCUCCCUACCUGCCAGAUUCUCUUCUUUUGCCGUUCCUCUUGCAUCCCCGGUCCACCUCCCAACCGCGCCCCUCGCCCCGCCGUCCCCUUCACUGCCGACUGCAUCUACUGGCACGAUCGCCCCAACAAUUUCAACUGCCCGCAGGAAGUUUUCGACGGGCUGACCGCUGCCCUGGAAGCAGUUUCCGUGCCCGAGCCUUACAUCUGGGAGAACAGCAGCAACUCUGCCCGGUACAUCUUUCGAGCGACAUCCUCGUUAUUAGCACACCCAGCACAGCGACAAGCUGACGACUACCUAUCCAUGCCUAGGGUUUUGGACUCAGGGCCCAGAAACGCCCCACCAGGAGAGGGCAAUGCUUCAGGUGUACCUGGUGCAGGUGCAUCUGGGGCAGGUGUAACUGGUUCAGGUGCGCCUAACAUGGGGUUUUACUCUGGAGGUGCGGGUGGGUUGGAGGUGGUUUAUGGUGGCAAUGGGGGAGAGAAGGGUGAGAGGGGUGAGAGGGGAGGGAAAGGAGAGAAGGGAGAGAAGGGAGAGAAGGGGGAGAGGGGUGAGAAGGAGAAGUCUUCUAUAUGGAGCAGGCUGGGACAGGGGAAAAAAGAAACUCAACGUGACCUGCAGUGA